AGGGAUUAGAAACGAAUUCUGGAUCGUGACUUCAGUCCUGUCGCAGCGCAGUAUCCCCGAUCCCUCUUAGGAUCCCACUGACCUGCGGCGGGAAAGUCGUGCGCCUGCGCACUAAGCAUCCCGUUCGGUCUCAGGUCUGAGGGAGGAAGGUCCUUCCCAGCUGAGCUCGCGGCCCGCGCUCCCGGAGGGAUCCCAUUCAUUCCCUCUUCCCUUCCAGCUUCCCGCCCUCGUGGCCAGUAUGGUAUCAGUUCUCCGCCAACUUGCAUGGGGCCUUGGACCAGCUUCCUGGCGCUCCGUUUCAGUAGCCAAACGAUUUCCUCCUUCAGACCUCUUCCUCAGAUCAAACCGCUCUCCCACUAAGGCCGCCCCCUUCCCCCGCCCCGUUUGCCAGAAGGCUGGUGCCAGUGCAAGGCUGAUCACAGGGCAGGCUACCUCAGCAUGCCCACCACCCGGAGGCUCCCCCCACUAGGAAUUUCCCUUCGACUUCCUGCCGAUAUUUCUGGAAGAUGAAAGUAAAGCAAAUGGAAUCUUUAGAAAUGGUCCACAGUUUUCUUCCUUUGGGGAUUUGAACAUCUGUAUUCUAAUUUUCACAGCUGCUUUGCUCCCCUGUGGACAUGAGCCCUUAGCUGGCAUUUUGCAUCCCAGUUGUUUUGUGAUGGACGCGUCUUUGGGGAUUCAGGUGGAUGAACCUGUGGCUUUUUCUCGCCUGGGUGACCCGUUGCAGGCGGAUGGCUCGUUAAAAAAACAUGAGCAGAAUUUUAAACCACCAGGUGUUAAAAAAGAUAUUGAGAAGCUUUAUGAAGCUGUACCACAGCUCGGUAAUGUGUUUAAGAUUAAGGACAAAAUUGGAGAAGGCACUUUCAGCUCUGUUUAUUUGGCCACAGCGCAGUUACAAGUAGGACCUGAAGAGAAAAUUGCUCUAAAACAUUUAAUUCCAACAAGUCAUCCUAUAAGGAUUGCAGCUGAACUUCAGUGCCUAACAGUGGCUGGGGGGCAAGACAAUGUCAUGGGAGUUAAAUACUGCUUUAGGAAAAAUGAUCAUGUGGUUAUUGCUAUGCCGUAUCUGGAGCAUGAGUCCUUUUUGGACAUCUUGAAUUCUCUUUCCUUUCAAGAAGUACGAGAAUAUAUGUUCAAUCUGUUCAAAGCUUUGAAACGCAUUCAUCAGUUUGGUAUUGUUCACCGUGAUGUGAAGCCCAGCAAUUUUUUAUAUAAUAGGCGCCUGAAAAAGUACGCCUUGGUAGACUUUGGUUUGGCCCAAGGAACCCACGAUACAAAAAUAGAGCUUCUCAAAUUUGUUCAAUCUGAAGCUCAGCAGGAAGGCUGUUCACAAUAUAAAUCCCAUCUAAUCACCGGAAACAAGUUUCCAUUAAGUGGCCUGGCAGCACCUAAGGAGCCGGAUCAGCAGCCCACCACAAAAGCUUCUGUUAAAAGGCCCUACACAAAUACACAAAUUCAGAUUAAACAAGGAAAAGAUGGAAAGGAGGGAUCUGUAGGCCUUUCUGUCCAGCGCUCUGUUUUUGGAGAAAGAAAUUUCAAUAUACACAGUUCCAUUUCACAUGAGAGCCCUGCAGUGAAAUUUAUGAAGCAGUCAAAGACUGUGGAUGUACUAUCUAGAAAAUUAGCAACAAAAAAGAAGGCUGUUUCUACAAAAGUUAUGAAUAGUGGUGUGAUGAAGAAAACUACCAGUUCUUGCCCCACCAGCCUGACCUGUGACUGUUAUGCAACAGAUAAAGUUUGCAGUAUUUGCCUUUCAAGGCGGCAACAGGUUGCCCCUAGGGCGGGUACACCAGGAUUCAGAGCACCAGAGGUCUUGACAAAGUGCCCCAAUCAAACUACAGCAAUUGACAUGUGGUCUGCAGGUGUCAUAUUCCUUUCUUUGCUUAGUGGACGAUACCCAUUUUAUAAAGCAAGUGAUGAUUUAACGGCUUUGGCUCAAAUUAUGACAAUUCGUGGAUCCAGAGAAACUAUCCAGGCUGCUGAAACUUUUGGCAAGUCAAUACUGUGUAGCAAAGAAGUCCCAGCACAAGACUUGAGAAAACUCUGUGAGAAGCUCAGAGGUAUAGAUUCUAACACUCCCAAAUUUACAAACGAUAUACAAGGGCCUGCUUCUCAUGACCCAGUUUUUUCAGAGAAGACUGCCCAUAAAGCUUCUCACCUCAUACAAACGCCUCAAGCACAGCACUCAGGGAAUUCACUGUAUAAAGAGAACAGAAAUGGGUGUGGGGCGCAUUUUGAUGUGUAUACCACCAAUCUAGAAGGCUGGGAUGACGUACCCGAUGAAGCUUAUGACCUGCUUGAUAAACUUCUAGAUCUAAAUCCAGCUUCAAGAAUAACAGCAGAAAGAGCUUUGUUGCAUCCGUUUUUUAAAGAUAUGCAUUUGUGAUUAUUGUUCUUCAUGUAAUGUUAGCUGUUAUGUAUCGUGAGAUGGGGUGAAAGAGUUCUUUGUGUAGCCAUAAGUUCUUAUAUAGAGACCAGGGCAAGAUGAAUAAUUUAUUCUAAAAUUGUAUGAAGAUUACUAACAUGAUUUUUGAGUUAGAUCUACCCAAGGAGAAACAGCUCUUUAGUUUCCCUAAUUAUUACUGCCAUGUACAGAAAAAGGGGCAGUUUUAGCCUAGUACAUAAGGGUUCAAGGUGCAAGUCUUAAAUUCAAUGGAUGUUUUAGGGAUUAAAUGAAUCAAAAAGCUUACUUUAUUGGUUUCUUCGAACUAUGAGUUAUGUGUACUGUUGGAAGACUCAAGCCUGUACUGGUGCUCUAACCAUUCUGUAGGUUAAGAAAAUAAUUUCCUCUUCUAGAUCCAUAUAUUAUGCCUUUUGUGAACACUAAGCAAUGAGAAAAUGGGGAUAUCACUUAAAAUUGAAUGUAAGUUAUCCAUUUAAAAGUAUUUUGUGAAAGCAUUUAUUGUGUGAAUUGACAUGUUUUUCUUAAUGGGUUCUCUUGUUUUUUUCCUGCCUGCUCUAUCCUCACCUUACACAUUCUCCUUGAAAAUUAUGUGGUGCUUUCCACAAAGUUUCUGGGUGCUUUGCUGAAUAUUGCUUAUGUUUACAGUUAAAAACUUAAUGCAUAUACUGGUUGGUAAAGGGAAGCCACAGACCAAGGUGAAGAUUGAUAAUCCAACAUUUUUUCUUUUCCCCUAAAUGUAUUAUUUUUUUUUUUUUUUACAUAUACCAUCUUAGGUAUAAUUAGGUAGCUGCUAGAAGGAAAAGUAAACACAGAAUUGAGAAUAUUACUGGAGAUUUUUCCUCUGCCUAGAGCCAUCCGGAUCUCUGUAUUCUGUUUUGACUAAGUUGGUCCUACUUGGGGGUGGGAAGAGAGAUAAAUGAAGUAGGAAGAGUAGGAAAGAACCAGUGAGAGAGGUUUAUGGAUUUCUGCAUUCCAAUGAUAUAUAGCAAUGACAGACAGCAUAUCAGAAUUCUUAUGGGAAACAAAUCUGGGGAUAUUGAUCUGCUGAGAAGUCUCCCAUUUAUUAGUCGUAGAGUAUAGAAAAACUUAGGGACAUAGAACAUUCAUUUUGUUAUUUUGAACAUUGAAGUCGGUACAUGUACCUACUCGAUUUGGUAAGGAUAAUAGUUGUAUAUAAAAACCAUUACCAUUGAUCUGCUCUGUCUUAUACUGUAAACGUUUAAAAAAACAAACUUGAAUGUUCCUGAAUUUGUAUGUUUAAUAAAGUUCAUCCUUUUGUAUUUUUCAUGUCAGGCUACUUAUUUGAAAAAGACCUUUUCAAAAAACAAAAAUAUUGAUCGCUGGAAGUAUUUUCCUUCUGAGAUUGAUGAAUGGUCUCUCUUCAGCAAAUAGUGGAUAAUAGAUUAAAAAAAAAUUUCUCCAGCUCAAGUAAUAUAUGAAAGAUAGAAAUAGAUUUUCUUUAAUAGAAAAGGUGCUCAUUAACUUCAUGUAUAGGAUAUUUGUAACAAACAGUAAAGCAAUAAACCAUCUCAGUAACUAAAAUGAAGUCUUAGCUAAAAAAAUACUUUCUUAAUGUGACUCACAAUCAAGUUAACAUACUCUGAGAAAAUUAACAGGAAGAAAAAUUUAACUUCCAAAAGUGUAGGGAAGGAGACAUUCUCUAAGAAAGUUUAAUAUUCAGGGCUAUUGUUGCAGCUUUCCAUUAAUGUCACUUUUAGAAUAGAAUUUGGUUGAUAUGCAAGGGGAGGUAAAGGGAGGUAGUGUUUUAAAAGAUAUCCAGUGUUACAAAUUAGUUCUCAGGUCAUUUAAGUCCCACUAGAGAAUGUUGCCUCAGUUUUGGGUGCUGUUUAGCUAAAAAUUAUCAAGGAGCUUCAAUACACAUACUAUUCAGGUUUUUCAGCCUUCUGAACUCCAUUUUGUAAUGGCAGAUACCUCCCUAAAAGAUUUUAAAUAUAUAAAUAGUCAUUUUGAGGGAAAGAUUAACUUAAUGCCAUUUUCUACUAUGGAACCAGAAUACUGUUUUUGUCCAAUGUCAGCUUUUUAAAAUUCUUAUUGCUCAGACUCUUGAGAUAAAACUGUUAAGGGUGUUUUCAUUUAAUAAUCCUUAGCCAUUUAGAAUUAUUAAUGUAACAAGCUACAGUAUUGGUUUUCGAAGCAGGCUGCAGCUCUAGCAUUUUAAUGAAACGUUUCCUUAUAAGGAGAUGAUUAUGGUUGUCUUAAUGACCUGAAUAAAAAUGUGGCUCAGGAAUGGUUAUUCCAAAGAAUUAAACUCAGUUUAUGUCAAAAUCUGAACAAAAGUCUUCAAGUGAUGUUAAUCUUUUAUGUUUCUGGUGUCUGCAUUUUGGGAACAAAAUGCUGUUACAGAUUUCAGAAUAUUGAUUGCAUAAAAUCUUGAAACCCACAGAACUCGUAGGCUUGGGUCUUAGUAAUUUCUGCUGUUUAUGUAAUUUCAGCCCUACGCGUCAUCGAAAAGUUAUUUAUCUUAAGAAACUGUGGCCAAAUUUGGCGGGUAAUGCUGUCUGCCAGUGUCUGCAGAUGUAUUGUUUCUGCCCACAAUUGUGUGUGCUGUCUGUGGUUUAAGGAACACUGACACCAGGCAGAAAUGUCAGUUCUGUUCAGAUUUUUUUUCCUGUGUUCUUAGAGCUGCUGUUGCUGCACCCGUAUUGUGUCAAAUUAUGUGUUUGAACUGUCUUCGUUUCGUGAAAGGUGGAUAUUAUCACCCAUGUACUAGAUAAGUAAUCAGAAGUAGUUAAUGCUGUCAAAUGACAGCAAGAUUUUCAACAGAGUAACCACAAAGGUCAGUGCUAAGGCAAAUAUUUAGUAAAUAAUGACAUUUUAGAUAUCUAAAGUGAAAAGACAUGAUCUCAGGAAAGCAAUUGCAAAUUGGGUGAGAAAAUUGUAAAAAUGAAGUUCAGAAAAGCAAUUGCAAAAUAGUUUGUGCUUAAUUUUACCUGCUAAUUUUUUUCUCAAUAGAAGAACGUGAACUAAAAGCAUACGUUGUCCUUGACUUCUAUUUUGAGAGCUUUGAAAAUUUAACAAAAUAGUAUAUGGAAAAUAAUUCAAAAGGAUAAGCACAAACUUAUUUGGAGUGUGUACAUAGCUUUUAUAAGCAAAAAAAGGUGACCAGUAAACAGAUGUCAGUGCAGUGGAAUUUUGAUUUAAGUAGAAUUUUGAUUUAAACGUGCACCUGCAUAAAAUGCCCUUUUAAACUUAACACAUUGUGCUGUCCUAGCCCUUAAGCAGAUUCCAUCUUGGACCCUACUGAAGCAAUUGUUUGAGGAAAGUAACAGGUUUAACACAAGAAAAUUUAAUACCUUACAAAGACUAAUAAAGAAUAGCUUCUAGAUUCAUCUCUAGUUCUAGAUUUAAAGAAGGCCAAUAUCACUCACUCUAGUAGGUAACCAGGAAUUAAUCAGUUAAGGGAUGAGCUCCUAACACUGUCAGCUGCGGGGUGCAGGGGUGAAUAGCACAAAUCAGAAAGUAAAAGAGCCAUCUGGUAAUUUUCUAAUCAGAAUUUUUGCACAUGUCCCUUCUCUACAUUCUAUCGGUGCAUUUUCAUAUGUGUGCAUUACAUUCUCACUCUGUGUAAAUGUCUCCUGUAACUUCUCUGAAGACUGUAGAAUAUGAUCUAGAAAUGACUCCGGCUAGGACGAGACUAAGACAGUAAAUGAGAAACAGAUGCACGCUCUGUAGCCUCACGUUGUUAUUUUAGCUCUGUCCAUAAGCAGAAGGAGCAGAGGGCUGGGGAAUCCAGCCACCUCCGAAUUUCUCUAGACACUCAUCUUAAUGCUUUUUACCAAGUAGAAGUUUAUUUCUUCUGGCACAUUGCUGAUCUUCCUUCACUCAAAUGUUCUGAUUAAAAACAAAACCAGUUCCACAAUAGUAUGUAUAUGAGUAAUCUUUAGACAAGUAUUAGCAAUGUUCCUUUACACUUUUCCCCCAAGAUUUGUGAUAUGAAUGCCUGGUAUUCUGUGAGUGUUCUGUCAUUUUAAAACUCUGGAACUAAAUGUCCAUGUCAAACGUGUGCGCCUCAUAAAAAGGAAACUUGUUAUCACUUUUAUGUGUAAGAAUAAACACCAGCG